CUUUUCUGAAGCGUUUGUAGUGUAAGCUGGUCCACCCAUGCAGUAGUCGCCUCGCCUCUGCUCAGAUCUGCCAGUCUCCAUCACAUCGACACCGAACCAGAGAGAUCACGAUGGACGGUGAGCACAGAACCAGCAGAACUGAUUAACGGUGCUUAUCUUCCAUCUGUGUGUGUCUGCAGGCCUCCCGGCCUGGGCUGAUGUGAUAAUAGUGGGUGCGGGGCCCACUGGCCUGGUUCUUGCUUGUGAGCUGCAGCGAAGGAAGUAGGCAAGAUGCCUGGCGCUGCGCUGCACAUGGAGGAUGAUCAUCAAACAUCGUCAAUGCCUUUGCUGCUUGCUGCAGUGUGGACUACUUGUUGCUGGAUCGGGAGGAGUACUGCGUGACCUCUUCACGAGCACUCGGCGUGCAGGCUCGCUCCAUAGAGAUCUUUGAAGGUUAGCUAGUGCCACAGACCAGCAAGCAAUACUUACACUGCAAGUGCAGUGCAGGCAGCCGCUGUGCUGUGUGAGCAUAUAUGUUCAGAUCUGGGUGUCGUCGAGGAGGCCCUUGCCAACGGCGUGCAGAUGCAUGGGGAGAGGCUCUUCGUCGACGGAGCCGUCGCAGGCAAGAGCUACCUACCACACAGACAGGCACAGGCACAAGCCAACCCAAGCCAACACACUGAUUGCUAUGGAUCCGGACUGUCGCACUUGUCAAAAACGCUCAGUCGAUUGGGACUUUGACAAGUGCGACAGCCCCUAUGCCUACCCCCUCAUUCUCGAGCAGUCCGAGACCGAAAGGAUCCUCUUCACGCGGCUGCUGGAACUCGGCGGGAAGGACUGCAUCAAGCGCCCCGUGGAGGUCAAGAAGAUACACAUCGGGCGGCUGCCUGAUGAGGUAGGUGGGCAAAAUGGAGGGAGGGAGGGAGGGAGGUCUCGGUCUGCCCGUCCAUCCAUCCAGCUGUCCGUCCGUGGUGGCUGUGUGUGCUGCGUUUGCUGCAGGGUGUGUCAGUGAUGGUUGAGGCCCUCCCCGGCACCAAAGAGGUCGAUGACGACCAGGUGGAGACGCACGUCCCGCCUGAAGAGUUCGUCCCACCCUCAAAGACCAUCAGAGGUGCGUCCGAUUAGUGUGCCCAUUACCUCAUCGGAAGACAGCCCAACACACACGUGGAUAAACAGAAAGAUGUUGUGCUCUCUCUCUCUCUCUGUCUCUGUCUCUCUCUCUGUCUCUCCACUCAGGCCGAUACAUCGUGGGUUGUGACGGUGCGCGUUCGAUAGUGCGCAAGGCGUGCGGGAUUCCCUUCCCCGGCUCCACCUUGCCCAACGAGUUCAUCGUGGCGGACGUUCGCAUCAAGUGGGGCGUCCCAAACGAAGUCAACAAGUUCAACCUCAUGAGCGCUAACGGACGCAUGUAUGUGCCCCCCCCCACAGAGCCUUACAGACCCUCUCUUGUCCUUGUGCGUGUGGAAUGCAAUGCGCCUGUCCUUGUGUGUGCCUGCUUCCAGGAUAUGCUGCCUGCCACUCACCAAGAACCGGUAUGUGUGUGUGUGUGGACGAAUGGAUGGAGAGAUGGGUGUGCCGUGUGUGGUUGUGUGUGUGCAGUUGGCGUCUGAUCACAAUCCGCCGCACGGGCGUGAGCGACGGCGAGAUCGUGCUCGACCCCAGCUACUACACCAAGGCACCCACACGCGAGGAGCUGCAGACACUCGUGCAGAAGGUUUGUCAGGCAGGGAGGGAGGGAGGGAGGGAAGAAUGGACACACAGAAAGGGUUCAUUCAACACACCCAUGCUCUGCUCAUGUGUUGUGUUGUGUGUGUCAGGUUGUGCCUGGGAGCCUGAUUGAUGAGGUGCUGUGGGGCAGCUGCUACUCGAUCAACAGUCGAUGCGCCGCGGCCUUCAAGCACCAUAACGCAUUCAUCGCUGGCGACGCUGCACACAUCCACCCUCCGUAAGACACAUAUAGCAGACGCAACACACACACACACACACACACAAGUCCUGUGCUGUCUGUCUGUCCAUUGGCGCAGGCUGGGGCAUCAGGGCAUGAACGUGGGCAUCCAAGACGCACACAAUCUCGGUCGGCACGGCACGCAUCAAAUGGACCGACCCAUCCAUUUGUGCCCCAUGUGAGUGUGUGUGUGUGUGCGUAUGUGUGUGUGUGUGUGCACUGCAUGCGCUGCAGGUUGGAAGCUUGCUCUCGUGGUCAAUGGGGGCGCCAUGAGCUCACUACUCGACACAUACGACCAGGAAAGAAGACCUGUCGGAGGUAUGGAUCACACACACACACACACACAGAGAGAGAGAGAGAGAGAGGUGUCCUACAUGCGCUUUGAGUGUGUGCGUGUGUGUGUGUGUGUGUGUGUGUCAGAGUCGAUAGUGUACUACACGUCUGUCGGGUACAAGGAGCUGAUCGAGGCCAAGGGGUGGGUCAAGUGGUCCAUGAAGAACGUCCUGCCCAUGGUCUUCUCAAUCAACGCCGUCAACCGAGCACUCUCACACUCCAUGAGCAUGACCAGCAUCAGAUACCCACCCUCCGUCAGACAAACAACACCACACACGCACACUCCAGUCGGCUGUGUCUAUCUCUCUCCCUCCGUGUCUUUCUCUCUCUGUCUGCAGCUCGACGAGACCCUCGUUGGUCGCUCGCACAUCCCCGGGGCCAUUCAGCCCGGCCAGAGGGCACCUGAUGCCUACCUGGGGAUGGUACACACAACACACAACACCUCCCUGUGUAUGUCUUGCUGCAUGCCCUGUGUGUGUGUCUGUGUCAGAUCAACGAGAAGCGCGGCACCGAGUUCGUCCGUCUGCACCAGCUGCUGGCCACGCCACACAGCUCUCUACUGCUGCUGGUCCGAGUGCCCAUGACGGGCGAGUCGGAGCAGAAGGGCUUCAUCGGCUGGCUCGGCGAGAUGCUCGGCGCACACCAGGCUAGGAAGGACCCAGGAGGUAGGCAUGGCAUACGUUGACACACACACACAUGACGCCAACACACAGAGACACACACAGAGAGAGAUCUUUUCCCCAUGUCUGUCUGUCUGUCUGUGUCUGUCUGUCAGUUGCCCGAGCGUUGGAGAGUGCCGUGCAUCUGUCUGCCGACGUGUCUCGGCGCACCGGGGUGCCCUCUCGUUCGCCCCACACCGGCACCCGGCUGCUGCUGAUUUUUACGGCAGGCAAAGCCAGCAUCGUCCCGAGCGUCACGCGACGCAAGGACGGCAUGGAGGGCGGCUCCCUGCUGCACAUGCUGCAGAACGUGCACCAACACUUUGCAAGAAGGUUCGGUGGGAUGGGGGCUGAGGGAGGGCAUACACAAGGCUCCGUGUUUGUGUAUGGGUGGGUGCCUGUGUGUCUGUCGGGUCAGCAUUGGUUUGUCUCGCGAGGACCUGCUGAUCGCCUGGGAUGUGGACGGCGAAGUGGUCAAGAACUACAAGCUGGCGACGCAGCUGGACCCGUUCGACCAUUCUGGGGCAUUCGUCUCUAUUCGACCUGAUGGAUACGUCAGCCACCACGGUGAGUGAGUGGGUGAGGGCGUAUGUGUGUGUGAAUGGCUUCAUAGCUACUGUGAUGGGGGAGUGGAUGCGUUGUGGCUUGUGUGUGUGUGUGUGUGUGUGAGCGUAGGUCUGAUGGACGACCACGAGGCCACCGACAGCUACAUCGCUGCCCUGGAUAAGCUCUUCUAGUGGUUUUGGCCUUGAAGCUCUAGUGCCAGUCUAGUCUAGUCUAGUUUCCUGCCUCAGUCUGUGUGUCCUCUGUGUGUGUGUGUGUGUGUGUUUGUGUGGAUCUGUGUCGAUCUAUGUGCAAACGCGACAACCGCGGCGCGGCGCGGAGCU